AUGGCCGCGCAGCCAUCCACGUCCACGCCCACCGCGGCCGGCGCGACAGCAUCCUCCUCAGCCUCCACGUCCGCGCCUGUCUCCAACGAUCACGAUGGCACGCCCCGGUCCGUCGCCGCCAAGGCGCUCCCCGUCCGGGACAGGGACUCGUUCAGUAAGCUGCAGGUCGAGCGCUACGUCACGCGCGAUUGGCACCACUCCGUCGCGAUGAAGGACGCCCAGGAGCGCUUCGAGAAGGAUAUGCAGCAGACAAGGGAUAAGAUCGAUGACUACAACAUCAUCAAGACCCAGCGCGCUUACUUCCCUCCGAGCAAACUAUACGGCGAAGGCUACCGCGGCUACGGGAACGGUUACACCGAUAUCGACCCGCGCAUGAGAGCGCCCUUUCCUGCCCAGGUCAUCUACCCGAGCCAGAAGCUGCGGCCGGGGAAACGCCAGUCGCAUCCGCUCCGAUGGAAGAAGAAGGAACUGAAGAAGCAGGCGGAGCAGCACGAAGAACUUGUGCCGAUACGGAUAGACGUGGACUGGGAAAAGAUCAAGCUUCGCGAUACCUUCACCUGGAACCUCCACGACAGGAUAAUCCCGGCCGAGCUUUUCGCGCAGCAUCUCGUCGAAGAUUUGGGCGUUCCCCUGGACUCCCAGCACAAGCCCGUUCUCGAUCAAGUCAUCUUGCAGAUACGCGACCAGCUCAACGACUUCUACCCCCUGGUUUUCUCUGAAGAAGAUGCGCUCGACCCGGAGCUGCCAUACUCUGCUUACAAGAAUGAUGAGAUGAGGGUGCUGAUCAAACUCAACGUCACCAUCGGCGGUGUCACCUUGGUCGACCAGUUUGAAUGGGACAUUAACAAUCCUCUCAACUCUCCAGAAGAGUUCGCCGCCUCUAUGACUCGCGAUAUGUCGCUGUCGGGCGAGUUCACUACUGCCAUCGCACACAGCAUUCGGGAACAGUGUCAACUUUUCACACGGAGCUUGUACAGCGUCGGGCACCCCUUCGAUGGCCGCCCCGUCGAAGACCCCGAUUUGGUCGCCGCUUUCCUGCCAUCCCCGCUGCCGUCCGUCUUCAGGCCCCAGCAGCAGGCCAAGGAGUACGCGCCGUAUCUGUACGAGCUCAGUGAUGCCGAUUUGGAGCGCAACGAGGUCAUCUUCUCCCGAGAAUUGCGGCGUCAAAAGCGGUCCAUCAACCGGCGCGGCGGCCCGCAGCUUCCAGAUCUCAAAGAAAGACAGCGCACAAUCAGAACGCUCCUCGUAUCGUCCGUGCUCCCGGGAGCUGCCACGAAUAUCGAAGAGAGCACACUAUACAAACGUGUUGCCGGCGCUCCGACCACUCGCAAGAGGCCAGGGGCACGCGACGGCGAAGUGUCCGAUUCUGACGAUAGUGAAGACUCGGGGCCGGAUUCGCCGGGUGUCUCUCAACUAGGUGGUGGUACGGCCAGGACCAGGGGCCUUCGCGGCGCUGCAAGUGCUGCUCAGCAAAGGAUUACAAAUCUGGGUCGUUCAGAAACCCCCGAGGCGAGCAUCGUCCACCACCACGAGACUCGCCGAAACGCCGGCCGGUCGAUGCGUGAUACCCGGGACGAGACCGAAGAGCCUACUCAGCUGAUCGUCACGCUGAAGGUCGGAAAGGACAAGCUGAGGAGACUGCUCCAGAACCCGAGAGCAAGGUUCACGCCGAGCGGAUCACAGACCCCAUCAACACCCGCACAUGCUCGCAUACCCGGCGCAGCAGCUGCUGCGGCGGCGGCGGCGAGCUCGAUGCCUCCACCGUCUACGCCAGCUUCCAACAGCCAGGCACUUCCUACUACGCUUGGCACGCCUCUACCUCAGGGCCAGAUUGGUCGACAACCUGCACCGCCACCCGUCGCCGGCCAACCGCCACCACCUGCUCCUCCGCCCCCUGAAUGGCUCAAGAACUGCUUACAGCAGCUCAAGACUACGUACCCCUUUGACAACUUUGAGGGCAUGAUGAAGUACUCGGCCAUCAAUCCGGACACGGAGAUGCCCAUAUCAGUGCCAGCAGGAUCGCAGCCUCCAGAGGGUGCCAAAUGGAUGUUCCUCCCACGCAUUCGUUGCCUCGACUGCCCCGGCAAGCUGUAUACUCCUGGCCCUGAAAUGACGGCCGGCAACUUCGAGGUCCACCUGCGAAAUAAGCAGCAUCGUCAGAAGGUCGACGCCAGAGAGGGCAAGGAUACGUCACAGUCAGCUACUGGCACAUCAUAG